UCCCCCAACAGCAACUCAGAGAUAUUUAAGAUGUCCUCCUUGGACAUCACUCAUGCCCCAUUAGUAAACAGCCUCUGGAGCUUUGGGGGAAAUGAGAAGAGCCUGAAGUUUAUCCAGCGUUGCAUCCAACACUUCCCCAGCUACUGCCUGCUGGGGCCGGAGGGGACUCCAGUGUCCUGGGACCUAAUGGACCAGACUGGAGAGCUGCGGAUGGCAGGAACCCUGCCUGAGUACCGUGGGCUGGGCUUGAUCUCCCACAUCAUUUAUCACCAGAUCCAGGCUCUGGACAAACUGGGCUAUCCCAUGUACUCCCACAUCGAUAAGGACAACCAGCCCAUGCAGCGCAUGAGCCAGACCAUCAAACAGAAGCAGGCGGAGUGCCGCUGGCAGCAAUGGAACUGUGAGCCGGCCACCACCACCGUCGGGAGCUCAGCACCCAAGGAGAGUGAGAGCCAGAGCUCAGCACCCAAGGAGGGUGAGAGCCAGAGCGAUGGCGGGAGCAAGGGCACAGGCUCCUCCUGAGCACAGCUCGGGCUCCUUCUCUGGGGAACCUGGGAGUGGGGAUGGAUGGAGUGUAGAGAACCUUUACCAGACGGGCCUCUCACUGUAGAACAUCCAACUGAAGUAGGACACACUGAUUUCCUUGUAUAAACCUUAUUAUAAUAACAA